AUGGCUCAAGUCCAUCUCUCUCCCCCCACUUCUCACUUCAACAACUUAUCUCUAUCAUCAGACUCCAUCAAUGAUAAUGAUUACUAUAACUAUAACUCAAUUCCCUUCACCGACUCAGACAAACUCAACCAAAUUGAGGUUGUCAUGAACAAAAUCGACAACUUAGGUUUCAUUCCUGACAAUUUAAUUGAAUCCGAGGUAAAGUUCUUCUAUGAAAACUUGGGUAUUGACAACAACUAUUUCCUCAAGGAAUCCACUGAUUCAAUUGUCUCCAACAUCCACGCCUUAUACUCUGCUAAAUUGCUAAAUUUCAUCAACAACUCCAAGGACAACUCCAAAGAAGAUCACUUUUCAAUUAGCCAUAAAAUCGAAAACGACGACCACGCCAUCUAUAUCGGCGAUUUUGAUGAAAGAAUUGACCAAAAGUACCUUGACAACUCAGACUCCGCAGCUAAUACUGCUUAUAGAUUAGAAUCCUUCAGCUCAAACUUGUCCUCCUUCAACAACUUGAAAUUGAACUUUGUCUAUAAAUGCAACUUCACUGACUCAGAUAAAAACAACUUGUUCGACUCAACCUUUGACAAAAUCGCUUCUCCAGAGACUAAAAAGAUUUACAUCAACUUGAUCAACCAAUUGAAAAAGACAAACAACCCAGUCAUCACCCACUACAACAUCCUCAACACAAACACUUACAGAAUCAUCAUAGCUUUGAACCAAAAGACUUCCUCAAACUACUCUUCCUCUCUAUCAAACUUGUGUCACUACUAUAACUUGAACUUGUCCAAGAAAUACGUUGAACAAUUUAAAAAUGGUACAACCAUCAUCUCCCUCUAUGUCUCCCCCUCUUCUGACCACCCAAAUAGCAACAUCAACCUUUCAAUCAACCAAGUCUUGAAAGAAGCCUCUCUCUUGUACUCCAUCCCCAAAAACUUGUUCCAAGAAAACUUCAAAAACCAUCAACUCUCUUUGCAAGAAUGUAUCUAUGCUCACUGUGGUGUAAUCUUCGUCACACAUUUCCUCAACAGGUUAGGCCCAGAAUACAACACUUUAAAACAAUUGUUAUCUUCCUCUUCUCCAUCUACUUCUUCCCUCUCUUCCACUGAAGUCCUUUUGAAAUUGAAAAACAGAUUAACCUCAGAAACCUUUUCUCAAAACUACAUCAAGGAAACCUUUCAAAAACAUUACAAAAUCAUCCAAAGAUUAUACCGUCACUUUGCUGACAUCCAUUACAUCCAAUCUGGUCUUGAAAAGACUCUAUCCUUCAAAAGAUUGGAACAACUUGAAACCGUUGAAGAUGAUGCUCAAUUCAAUGAAAUCCUAAGCCGUUAUUGCUCUUCCAAUGAAACCGACAUCUUGGUCCUUAAAUCCUUAUACAACUUCAACAAGUCUAUCUUAAAGACAAACUUUUUCUUAUCCUCAAAGGUUGCCAUUUCCUUUAGAUUAAAUCCAACUUUCUUACCAGAAUCAGAGUAUCCAAACAAACCAUUUGGCUUGUUCUUUGUUGUUGGUUCAGAAUUCAGAGGCUUCCACAUCAGAUUUAAGGAUAUCGCUAGAGGUGGUAUUAGAAUUGUCUUGUCCAGAUCCCCUGAUAACUAUAACACCAACUUGAGAAACUUGAUUGAUGAAAACUAUAACUUGGCUAGCACCCAACAAAGAAAAAACAAAGAUAUUCCCGAAGGUGGUUCCAAGGGUGUCAUUCUUUUGGAUUACGGUGUUGCUCAAACUCGUCCAAAGGCUUCUUUUGACAAGUAUAUUGACGCUGUUAUUGACUUGUUAAUCAAACCUGUCGAUGAGUCAAAAUCAAACCAAAUUGUCGAUUUAUACAAGAAACCUGAAAUCUUAUUCAUGGGUCCAGAUGAAAACACUGCCGGUUUCGUUGAUUGGGCCACUUUGCAUGCCAAAAAAAGAGGUGCCCCAUGGUGGAAAUCCUUCUUCACUGGUAAAUCUCCAACUAUCGGUGGUAUUCCUCAUGAUGAAUAUGGUAUGACCACCUUGUCUGUCAGAGCCUUUGUCGACAAGAUUUAUGCCAAAUUAAAUGUCCAAGAUACUUCUUCAAUUAGAAAAGUUCAAACUGGUGGUCCAUCUGGUGAUUUAGGUUCAAACGAAAUCAGAUUGUCUGAUGAGAAAUAUGUCGCUGUUAUUGAUGGCCCAGCUGUUGUUGGUGAUCCAAAUGGUCUUGACAGAACUGAAUUGGGAAGAUUGGCUCGUGAAAGAUUAGACUUGUCCCACUUUGAUAAAUCCACCUUAUCUGACAAGGGUUUCUUUGUCAAGGCCGAUGACACUGACAUUGUUUUACCAAAUGGCUUGAAAUUCCUUAAUGGUAUUGUCUUGAGAAACACUGCUCAUUUGAAAUUAAAAGAAUUGGUUGGUGAUGUCGAUCUUUUCGUUCCUUGUGGUGGUAGACCUGCUGCUAUUGACACCAAUAAUGUGGGUGCAUUGAUCGAUAAAAAGACUGGCAAAGCUGUUAUUCCAUACAUUGUUGAAGGUGCCAAUUUGUUUAUUACCCAAGAUGCUAAGAUUGUUUUGGAAAAGGCUGGAGCCUAUUUGUUUAAAGACGCUUCAACCAACAAGGGUGGUGUCACAUCAUCUUCUCUUGAGGUUUUGGCAUCAUUAGCUUUUAAUGAUGCCGACUUCUUGAAUAAUAUGUGUGCUAAUUCUGAGGGCAAAGUGCCAGAGUUUUAUAAAGAAUACGUCGAGAAUAUUCAAAAGGUCGUUAUUAAUAAUGCUAAUUUAGAAUUUGAUAUGCUCUGGAAAUUAAAACAAGAAACUGGCAAGACCUUUAGCGAGUUGUCUGAUGAUUUGUCUAUUGCUAUAAAUAAAUUGGGGGACGAUUUAGCCGCAAGCAAAGAAUUGUGGGAUGAAGACACUCCAUUUAGAAACGCAGUUUUGAUCGAUGCUUUCCCUCGUAUAUUAUUGACCAAAGCCGGUGGUAUUGAAGGCAUUCUUUCCAGAGUCCCAGAAGCAUACUUGAAGGCUAUUUUUGCUACUCAUUUGUCUUCUCAAUAUGUUUACUCAAGAGGUAUUGACUCUAAUCCAGCCAGGUUCUUGGAAUACAUUUCUUCGCUUAGAAAGCAAUAUAUCAAAGAAGGCAUCUUAGCCAACUAG